AUGAACUUUUCCAAGAAAAAACAUAGAUUAACAAUUUCAUUUCAUUUACAAUUCUUCGCUAAUAUUUUUUAUAUUUUUCUCGUUUUAGCUCUUUCAUUCAAUCAACCAAAGUUUUCUUCAACAGCUACUUGGGAUUCCAAUGGAAUUACGUUUGCUGAUUCAUCGAUUGUUGGAGUACAACCUGGCGCCAUUUUUGUAAACACAAACAACACAGUCUAUGUCACUAAUGGAGAAGACAACACAGUUUUAAUUUGGCGCGACGAGAGUAUCAACCCAACAAAGAUCAUUCACGGUAAUUUUACAAAACCCGUUUCUCUCUUCGUGACAUCGAAUGGUGAUAUUUAUAUUGAUGAUGGUUUUGAGAAUGGGCGAGUGCAGAAAUGGAUAACAGAAACAAAUACCUUUGCCACGGUGAUGAAUGUCAGUUCGCAAUGUGGUGGUUUGUUUGUUGAUAUCAAUGAUACUCUUUAUUGUUCAAUGACUGUUUAUCAUCAAGUAGUGAAAAGGUUAUUAAAUGAUACUGUGAUGACUUCAAAUCGUGUUGCUGCUGGAACUAGUUCUACAGGAUCAGCACCAAACGAACUUGCAUUUCCUAGUGGAAUCUUUGUUGAUGUGAAUUUGGAUUUAUAUGUCGCAGAGUGGGGUAAUCAUCGAGUUCAAUUGUUCCAGCCCGGAAAAUCAAAUGGUAUUACAGUGGCUGGAAUUACAUCACUAAAUCCAACAAUUACGCUUAGUUGCCCAAGUGGAAUUAUAUUAGAUAAUGAGAAAUAUUUAUUCAUUGUGGAUCAACUCAAUCGUCGCAUUGUUGGUUCAGGCUUGAAUGGUUUUCGAUGUUUAGUUGGAUGUUAUGGAUGGGGUUCACAAUCUAAUCAAUUGGAUGGUCCAUUUAGUUUGAGUUUCGAUCGUUCUGGAAACAUAUUCUUUUGGUAA